AUGAGGACACAAAAGCCCUGGACGUUUGUGGUGGUGUCUGAUGCAGAUGUCAAACACAAGAUCAGAGGGAUCAUUGAGGAGGAGGAGGAAAUAAACUACAAGCAAAGGAUGGGAGACAAGUGGGUCCAUGACCUGAAGAAACUGAGGACAAACUGGGUGAAGGAGUAUUUGGAUGUGGCUCCGGAUCUGAUUCUAGUGUUUAAGCAGACAUGUGGACUUCUCGUGUCCAUUUCCUGCGGCAUUCUGCUGGCUGCUCUGCAGAAUGUGGGGCUGGUUACCGUGACGACCACUCCUCUGAACUGCAGCCCACAGCUCAGGUCCAUCCUCCAGCGACCGGCCAAUGAGAAGCUUCUAAUGCUGCUUCCUGUUGGCUACCCUACAUCUGACGCCAAAGUGCCUGACCUCAAACGCAAGGACCUAAAUGCCUUCAUGGUGACUGUGUGAGAUUAUCAGCUGCUAUAAACAAAUGCAAUGCCAUAAAAAGACCAACUCACAGACCAGUUUUGAAUAUAUAGAACCAAAUGCUAUUCAAAUCAGACCAAAUGUUCUCAUCUUACUGCUUUACUUUUAUUAUACCUUACCAUGAAUUUGGAUGUUACAGUAAUAGUUUACAUGAGGACACGGUUCCUUUCACAUUCUGCAUGGCUC